AGAAUAAAGUUUUAUUUGAAUCUUCUCUGGGCGCCUGCAGGCUGUUUCUGCUGCGCGAUGGAGACCGGCGUCAGGAUCUACAACGUGGAGCCCCUGAUGGAGAAAGGCCACCUGGACCAUGAGCAGAUCGGCAGCGUGGCCUCCUGCUCCAUGCUGCAUCGCUCCAACCUGGUGGCCCUGGUCGGAGGAGGAGUCAACCCCAAAUUCUCAGAAAUCUCAGUGCUGGUCUGGGACGACGCCCGGGACUCUCGAGAAGCCAAAGACAAGCUGGUUCUGGAGUUCACCUUCACCAAACCGGUUCUUGCGGUCCGCAUGAGGCACGACAAGAUCAUCAUCGUGUUAAAGAACCGGAUCUACGUGUACAGUUUCCCAGAUAACCCUGUUAAGCUGUUUGAGUUCGACACCAGAGAUAACCCCAAAGGUCUGUGUGACCUGUGUCCCAGUCUGGAGAAACAGCUGCUGGUCUUUCCGGGUCACAAAUGCGGCAGCCUGCAGCUGGUUGACUUGUCCAACACCAAGCCGGGGACGUCGUCGGCUCCCUUCACCAUCAACGCCCACCAGAGCGAGAUCGCCUGCGUGGCGCUGAACCAGCCCGGCAGCGUGGCGGCCUCCGCCUCGCGCAAGGGAACGCUCAUCCGCCUGUUUGACACCACCACCAGAGACAAGCUGGUGGAGCUGAGGAGGGGAACCGACCCGGCCACGCUCUACUGCAUUAACUUCAGCCACGACUCGUCCUUCCUGUGCGCCUCCAGCGAUAAAGGAACAGUUCACAUCUUCGCGCUCAAAGACACCAAACUCAACCGCCGCUCGGCGCUGGCCCGUGUUGGGAAGGUGGGCCCUGUGAUUGGUCAGUACGUGGACAGCCAGUGGUCGUUGGCCAGCUUCACCGUGCCGGCAGAGUGCGCCUGCAUCUGCGCUUUUGGAAAAAACACGUCCAAGAACGUCAACUCUGUCAUUGCCAUCUGCGUGGACGGGACCUUCCAUAAGUACGUGUUCACCCCGGAUGGAAACUGCAACCGGGAAGCCUUCGACGUUUAUCUGGACAUCUGUGAUGACGACGACUUCUGAAGACAGAUUACAACUUUAGAAGAGGAAAGGGGACGAGGACGAGGAGGAAAGGGGACGAGGAUGAGGAGGAAAGGGGACGAGGAUGAGGAGGAGAGGGGAUGAGGAGGAGAGGGGAUGAGGAGGAAAGGGGACGAGGACGAGGAGGAAAGGGGACGAGGAUGAGGAGGAGAGGGGACGAGGAGGAAAGGGACGAGGACAGCGCUGACGAAUGAAAACGGACGAGUUAUUGAUUGUUGUUGUUGGGGAAAAUGUCCCGAGACGGAGAAUCCGAGACUUUAUCACGAGGCCGUUUUUUUAACAGUGUUUGUAAUUGGUUGUGUCUACAGUAUGAAUAUAAAUAU